UAGCCGUAGCUGUAGCCGAAGUUGCCGUUUCGGACACGGCCUUAGACUCGUGGCCACUUCCUGCAUGGCAUCCACCAAAGACACAACAUUCGCUUCGCGCGAAAACCAAACCAGAGUAAACCAUGUCACUUUGAAAUGUCGGAGCAAAACUUCAGGGUUUCCUUUCAGCCACCUCCUCCUCAGGAACGGGAGAGGAAGCGUUGGACCGAGAAACUGAAGAAGUUGGAAGCAAUUGAAGAGUGGUAUAAGAACUUUCCAUUAAUCCCGCCAUACAGGCCACAUCUACUUGAUCCUUCACCAUUCUGGCAUACAGUAUACAGACAGAAGCAAGCAUUUGAUGUUGCUGCUGUACAUCCAGAGGAUGUCCAUGUAUUUGCCUUUGAAGUGGACAAUGUAAACGCUGAAUGCGAAGGAAGAGGCCAGCGCAAGUAUGUCAUCACUAACUACCUGCAGCUUUGGCAUACCGUUUAUCACCUUGCAGCUCAUGAUAAACAUGCUAGCUUUUAUGAGCUCAUCCCCGAAGGAUCCACAUGCAAACUCUACUUUGAUCUUGAAUUCAGUAAAUCCCUGAAUCCAGAAUGCAAUGGGGUUGAAAUGGUUCAGAGCUUCAUUAAGUUUGUAUGUGAUGAGUUGAGUUUGGUUUAUGACAUCUCUUGUCAUGUUCAUCAAGUCAUUAAUCUCGAUGCUACAACGGACAGUAAAUUCAGCAGACAUCUCAUCUUUAAUCUACCUGGCUGUGUAUUUAAGGAUAACAUCCAAGCAGGUAAUUUUGUGCAUCAUAUUUGUCAUAAGAUCACAUGCCUCUGCCAGACUGCAAGCCAAGCUAUCAUGAAUGAAGACAGGGAACCAGAUGCAAAAAGAUCGAAGCAAUCAUUACAUGAUGCAAGUACAUGUCGUAUAGAUGACCUCACUACAAGCCAAGCUACCAUGAAUGAAGACGGGGAACCAGAUGCAAAAAGAUCAAAGCAAUCAUUACAUGAUGCAAGUACAUGUCGUAUAGAUGACCUGACCAAGCUUCGUCAACUGUUUGUUCAAAACAGAGAUGGGAAGGCUGUCUUAUUUGUAGAUCAAGGUGUGUACACACGUAAUCGUAACUUCCGAUUGUAUAAGUGCAUCAAGCAUGGUAAGGCUAACCCCCUGAGGGUUGCAGCAGACAGUCAAUACAAGCCGAAACUACCAAAGAAAACCAACACCACUCAAGUAGCUACAGAAAGACACUUAUUUCUAGACUCUCUCAUCACUAAUGUAAGAUACAGUCCCAAUAUGAUGGUGCUUACAAUGGACCAUGAUGACAAAUGGAAGACAUCAUGUGAUGUGGCUGUGAUGAAAGACAAACCAAGGGAAGAAUCAAGCUCAGGACAGCUUGAAGGGUUCGCUCACUCUCCUUAUCCUGAGGUAGAUGAUUUCAUCUUGACUGUCAUCACUAAUGGUGGUAUCCAAGGAGACAUAAGACGUUGGGUCUACUUUACACAAGGUCAACUUCUCAUCUAUGAUGUCGUUAAGAAUCGUUGGUGUGGGAACAUUAAUAGACAGCACAAGAGCAAUAAUAUCAUGAUUGUGGUUGAUCUUAAGAAGGGCGUCUACUACCAGAAGUGCCAUGAUCCAGAUUGUAAAGCGACUGGUUACAAGUCAGUGGACGUACCACUACCAUCACACCUUCUACCAAUCUAUGACUUUGAGGAUGAGGAAUUACUAACUGCUGCUAUUCAAGCUGAACACCAGGCAUCUUCACCGGUAACCAAUACGAGUGGUGAUAGUGAUGAAGAGCUAUUGGCCGCAGCUUUUCAAGUAGAAGCUCAUCAUUGGUUCAGUGUGGCAGAUGAGCUUUGGAAGUGGACGCAACUGAAAUUGUUACAUUAUUGGUGCUAGAGGAAGCACCAGGUGUUCCUUUGUCUAAGGUUCUAGGUGCUUCAGUCUCGGUAGAUGUUGGUGCUCUUAUUGGCAACGAACUCUGCAUAAAAUUUGGGAAAAGCAAUGCUUUAUUGGGCUCAAGAGGUCCAACAACCAGGUCAUCAUCUUCCUCCUUAUCGUCGCUUGAACCUUUUUCAAACUUUUGAAAUAGUUCACAAACUUCUUGCAUGUCUUAACUCCAUCAGUCUUAAAUCGUAUCACCAGCUCUUUCGAGCCACCAUAGUAGGUUUUAACAGCUAAGUUCUUUCUCUUUGUUUUCACAACAAGCUAGACUUCAGCUCCAGUUAUUUGCCAAAGUGCAUGUUUUUUUUUUUUUAAAUUGUGUUUUCGCUUCGACAGAGUUGACCUCUUGCCCUUGCUACCGCUUGCAAGACGCUUCAGCAGGACAGUCUUCCUGAUGGGAGGGCGUCUUCUGCUGAUUUUCGCAGCUAUCUGCGGUGAACGCCUUCUGUAAUGUAUAAAAUAUAAAAAGAAAUUCAUAUCAAAUAAAUUAUUUUAGUUCCUGAUCCAUAUAAAGAGGUGGUCAGAGAUCAAAUUAAGUUUUGUGUUGCACUCUUUUUAAGAGGAAUGGCCCUCAUGAAAGUGGCAAAAAAGGUUAGACAAGUCUCUAAAGCGCAAAAAUAGCCAGAAUAGUACAUCCUUUUCCUCUUUACCCACUCAUACUGUUAUCUCCAUAUUUAGGUUGCUCACAAAGUUUUAUUUCAUUUUAUUUAAUGGAUGAAUUGCAGGUGGGUCCAUUUUUUUAUAUUUUAUAGUAUUGGUAGCACAUUUCGUGGCCCACAGGCCACAUUGGAUGUGAUUUACAACAAUUAAAUAGCAAUAAAUAGAAAAAAAAACAUUAAGAAAAUUCAAGGUGGGGUUAAAAUGAGUUACUAAAAAUCACACAUGUACAACCCAAUUUUUGUAGACUGUUUCUACAAUCGUCUUCACACGAAUCGUAACCAGUCUCCAGAUUUUUCCCGGGGGUGGGGGCAUCUCGUAGUCAGCAGGGGACUCCAAUGGGGGAAUCGAUGACGACUUACAUUUUGUAGAUGAGGUCGAAGAGGCUGAUGGGGAGGCGGGCUAAGGCGCUCUCAUUGAUCACAUUGCCUCUGGUUUUUCCCUGCGGAUAAUGACUGGUGCAGGGGGCGCCUCCAGUUUCCUCCAGUGCUGCGAUGGGGCAGGGAGAGAGUGAAAGCACCGAUUGCCUCCUCCUCUGCUGACACCACUGGUGCUCCAUCCACUUGAGCAACACACACACUUGGCCUCUCUGGUGCCGCACUCUCCUCUUGGUGAACUCUCCUGGCAACUUCCCCCAGUUCGCCUCGUUUGUGGAGAUUCACCACCCUUUUUUUCAUU